AUGCUAUGUUGAAGCUAUGUUACUACUUGGUAUGCUAGUGCUUGAGUUUCAUGUGUGUAGUGAAAAUAAGAAUUUAAGCUACUACAAUUCAUGAAUAAGAGUUAUAUUCCCAGAUCUGGUAGUUAUUGAGUAAUUGAAUAUUGCCCUGCCCUGCAGGUUGGUUUUUUUUAUGCAUGAUUUGAGAGAGAGAGAGAGAGAGAGAGAGAGAGAGAGAGAGUUCCAUUGGACGUGUUCGCCAUUGGACACCUGAGGCAGAGGAGCAGAGGGCGUGGAUGAUCAUAUUGCCUGCAACACGGACUGCUUCUACUCAUCGUUUCUUCUUUGCAUCGUACAGAUAAGCGUGAGAUCUCACCACACUUUAAAAAAAAACAUACUACCCGGGUAGAUGGACUUUGGUUUAUUAUUUUGGGGUUAUUUCAUCAGAGCUCUGAGGACAUUUUAUUUUUUUGUGUUUUUUUUCUCAACUGAUGUGGAAAAAGGGUUGAAAACUAAGAGAAAUACUGAUUUUCACAACUAAAAGGACAUUACAAAAGAAAAGAGAAACAAGGUCAUACUGUUGGAUAAUUGAUGUUUAAUAAAUGCCGGCUAUAUGUUCUGAGUAAACUAUUUUGGUAUCUUCUCUUUUGAAAAGUUCCUUAGAAAGGCAGCACUUUACUCUACUUUAUAAGUGCCCCUUACAAAAUUUGGCGAGCCAGCCAGGAGGAGAAAUUAGAUUAAAUCAGUAUUUCUUUACAUUGCCAGUUAAACCUGAUUAUUGACACACUGUAAUUUUUUUUUUUCCUUAACAUUUUCCAGCUUGCUUUUGUAAAUUGUGUCAAAUCCUAUGCAGUUAUGGAUACUGAACAAGAGUAUGGUGUGAAUUUGAAAAUGGCUGUGUACGUUGAGGGUAUUACCUCAACUGAUACUGAUGAACAGAUAACUAAAUUAUGUUCAGCUUUUGGGCCUGUGAACAAAGUUAUUAGGGUAAGGCAGACAGGGCAAGAGAAUGGAGUAAAAGCUCUAGUUGAGUUUAAGUCUGAGGAAUCAGUCAUAGGCCUAGCUCCUAACCUCCCACAAUAUCGUCCUAGUGUUGGAGAUCCUAACAUUAUGUGGCGUAUAGAUAGGGCUUAUAAAGUAGCUCCUACUCCUGAGAAAUCCUACCCACAGGGCGAGCAGAGCUCUUGGACUCAAGUAACAGCUCAAACUCUGAUAGUGAGCCAGAUUCUGAUGACAGUAGGACCCCUCUAGUCCGUAAAACACACACAAAAUUUUACCCAACCCAACAUUCUUCCCCUACAGUCACUACUAAAACAAGAAAACAGACAACUGUAACACAGUCAGCUCAAAUCCACCAAGGAGCCUCAGACAAUGACAUACUCAAUCCACCUGACGUUCAGAGGAUCAUCGUAGAGCAUGUUAUUAAAAAUGACAACUUCCAUGCCUCAGGCCAGGAAUCUAAGCGACUUCGUCCUUUUUCAGGCAAACUUCCUAAACCCCCUAAUGAAGCUGACUUUCAGACAUGGUCUCUCCAUGUGGAGCUUAUGAUUCAGGACAAAACCCCUGUUGACAUACAGCGACGUAAAAUCCUAGAAAGCCUGCUUCCACCAGCCUCUGAUUUAAUCAGGCAGCUAGGCCCAGACGCAGCUCCACGUAAUUACGUGAAACUUCUUGACUCAGCAUAUGGGUUAAUUGAGGAUGGGGAAGAAAUCUUUGCAAGGUUCCUUAGCACUCAUCAAAACACAGGAGAGAAAGCCUCAGAAUACCUGCAGCGAUUACAGGUGCUGAUCACUACAGCUAUAAAGAGGGGCGGCAUUGCGAAAGCUGAUGCCAAUAAACAGCUGUUGCGACAGUUUUGGCGUGGAUGCUGGGAUCAGUCCCUUAUUCUGGCACUGCAGUUAGGGCUUAAAACAGAAAACCCACCUGAUUUCACUGAUUUCCUGCUACAAGUUAGAACAGAGGAAGACCAGAGAGCUGCAAAGCAAGAUCGCAUGCAACGCCAUUUAGGGAGCACAAAGCCCAGGUCCUCUUUGAAUAUGCAACUCACACAUGAACCGCCUUUCUCUGAUGAUGCAAGUGCAAAUGUCCUCCAGACAUAUGUCACAGAAACUGAAGCUUUACGGAAACAAGUCGCUGAACUAAAAAUGGAACUUACCAAAAAGAAAGAUCAAAGGAGGCAAAAACAUGCUAACAAAAUCCAGAAUUCAGCUCAAGGAACCCCCUUAGCUAGGGUAGCUGAAAUUCAAGCCCAACAAACAGCACCAAAACCCAGGCCAAAGGCUUGGUUCUAUUUCAAAUGUGGCAAUGAUGGCCAUCUAGCAAGACAGUGUGAAAAUCCCCCAAAUAAGCUAUUGGUGGAUCAGAAAUAUAAAGAACUCAAAGCAAGACAAAAUGAAUGGGAAACCAAAUAUGGCCAUUUAAACUGGACAGGGUCGCAGUGGAGGGACUAACUGCACCCGGAAGUAAAAUGAAAUGUCCCACACAAAGCCAAGACACACAAACAGUCAUCUGUGAAACACAUUCCCCAGCUCAGUCAUUGGGUGGUGCUCUCCCAAGAGGGUUGAUAGGGCCAAAAUGUACAUCAACUGUUGUAGUUGAAGGAGUUCAGUGUGAUAGCCUUCUAAAUUCAGGUUCCCAGGUUACCACAAUUUCAAAGUCUUUCCAUGAGAGUCACCUUUCACAUCAGCCCAUUUCCCCCAUUCAAGAUCUUUUAGACAUAGAAGGUGCUGGCGGUCAGGAAGUACCCUAUCUAGGUUACAUCCAAGUCAACAUAGACUUUCCAGAGAAUAUCAUGGGAAAACCUGUAAAGAUUCACACCCUUGCACUUGUUGUGCCUGACCACAGAACAAACAUGGAUGUCCCCUUGUUGAUAGGCACCAACACACUGGAUCCUCUGUAUGAAAAGUGUGCACUUAUUCAGGAUGAUCGUGUAACACAUGGGACCAAUGGUGGUCACUGUUCCCCACUUGUGAAACAUUUGUAUCACAGAUUCAAAAUAAAUCAACAAAAUGGCAGAGUUGGGACUGUGAAGCUGCAGAGCAAAAAGAGUGUCACCAUUCCUGCAGGAGAAAGAGUGGCUUUAACUGGAUACGCAAGGCGUGUCCCAGUAGCAACCAAUAUGCCCCUUUUAGUGGAGCCCCCUCAAUCCAGUUUACCUGCUGGACUCUUGUUUUGUAGCUACAUCAUGACAAUCCCCCCAUCCCCAUCCUUCAAGAUGCCUGUUUUGGUGAAGAAUGAGACCGCACAUGACAUCAAAGUGUCAGCAGGUCGUAGCAUUGCAGAGCUAUCUUUUCCUAAAGCUGUGUCAUCCUUACCAGCUUAUGACAACAAAGUCACAUUGAGUGAGCCAUCCCACUUUACUCCAUCUCUCGCGACGUGCAACUCCAUGCAUGUGUCUGAUUCUGGUGAACUCACCUUUGAUUUUGCAGACUCUCCCUUGUCUGAAGAGUGGAAGGGGAGAAUCACCAGGAAGUUAAAUUCAAUGUCAGACGUUUUUGCAUUCAACGACCUUGAUUUUGGUCAUACCACUGAAAUCAAACACAGGAUACGCUUGUCAGACCCAUCUCCAUUUAAACAGAGGCCCAGACCGAUCCAUCCAUCUGACUAUGAGGCUGUCAGAUGUCAUCUAAAGGAGCUUCAAGAUGCGAAUAUCAUACGUGAAUCAGAAAGCCCCUUCGCUUCUCCAAUUGUUGUAGUAAAGAAAAAGAAUGGUGACAUCAGGCUAUGCAUCGAUUACCGAAAACUGAACAGACAAACCAUCAAAGAUGCAUAUGCCUUACCCAACAUCGAAGAAGCCUUCUCAGCCUUGAACGGGUCCAAGUGGUUUUCUAUUAUGGAUCUCAAGUCUGGCUACUAUCAAGUAGAAAUGGAGGAGAAGGACAAGUGUAAAACAGCUUUUGUGACACCUAUGGGGUUCUGGGAGUUUAACAGGAUGCCACAGGGAGUUACAAAUGCCCCCAGUACUUUUCAGAGAGUAAUGGAGAAGUGCAUGGGUGGAAUGAAUUUGAGAGAGGUCUUGGUCUUUCUUGAUGAUGUCAUUGUUUUCUCGGCUACACUUGAGGAACAUGAAGAUCGAUUACUCAGAGUUCUCCAGAGGUUGAAGGAAUUUGGCUUAAAGCUUUCACCUGAGAAAUGUCAAUUCUUCAAAACAUCUGUUAAAUAUCUCGGUCAUGUUGUGUCUGCUAAUGGGGUAGAGAUCGACCCAGCCAAGAUAGCUGCUUUGACGACGUGGCCUAGGCCUAAUAACAUCAAAGAGCUUAAGUCUUUCCUUGGAUUCGCCGGUUAUUAUAGGAGGUUCAUAAAGGACUACUCCAAAAUCGCAAGGCCUCUGAACGACUUAACAGCUGGCUAUCUGCCACCAAAAAGGAAGUCUGACUCACAUAGCAGCUCAACACGUCUCUCAGGUGUGGAUUUCAGAAGACCGUUUAAUGAGAAAUGGACAUUGGCCUGCGAAGACGCAUUCAAGACGCUCAUUCAAAAGCUCACAACUGCUCCGAUUCUUGGGUUUGCCGACCCGAAGAAGCCUUAUGUUGUACAUACGGACGCAAGUACUCAUGGCCUUGGUGCGGCCUUAUAUCAAGAGCAGGAAGGCAAAUUGAGAGUAAUAGCCUAUGCGAGCAGGGGACUCAACCGCUGUGAACGAAGAUACCCUGCACACAAGCUUGAAUAUCUCUCUUUAAAGUGGGCUGUCACAGAGAAAUUUUUUGAUUAUCUUUACGGCGCGAAAUUCACUGUUGUGACAGACAACAACCCACUGACAUAUGUACUGACGUCUGCCAAGCUUGAUGCUGCAGGUCACCGCUGGCUGGCUGCCCUUUCCACCUUUGAUUUUAACAUCCAGUAUAGAGCUGGAAAGAAGAACCAAGACGCAGACGCUCUCUCAAGGCGUCCACAUUAUCAUGACGAAUACCAACCUGACUUCACUUCUCAGGAUGAGGAUAAUCGCAUUCAACGCUUCCUUGCCCAGUUCCUACAGGACGACAGAGGAGUCGAUUUUCCAUCUGAUGCUGUGAAGGCAGUGUGUCGGAGGCACCAGCACAUCUCGGCAGCAAGUACAGAACCGGACUUCCAAACGCCGGUACCAGUUGAAUGCUUGGCAAUUGAGGCCUCUGCCAUCCCCGUAGGAUUCUGUCAAGCUGAUGUACUCGGGUCAUGUACGUUGCCGCAGAUGUCACUUCAAGAUUGGGCACGUGAGCAACGGCAAGAUCCAGUCAUCAGUAGAGUAAUAGAGCUUGUCAAAGCAGGAAAGCGACUUUCAUACAGGUUGAGGCGUCAGGAAGACAGAGAGGUCCAGUUGAUGUUGAGAAUAAUGGAGCAGCUGGUCUUCUCCAAUGAGGUCCUAUAUCGAAAGCGCAUAAGCCAAGGUGAGCCUUUCCAUCAACUUGUCCUUCCAACGAAAUACAGAAAGACAGCUCUAGAGAACCUCCAUGAUGCUGUCGGACACCUGGGUACUGACAGAACUUUGGACUUGGUUCGUGCCCGGUUCUAUUGGCCUCGUAUGGCCAUGGACGUGACUGAGAAAAUCAGGACCUGUGAGAGAUGUAUACGGAGAAAGGCACGGGCUGAGAGAAGCGCUCCCCUGGUGAAUAUAAAAACAAGCCGUCCUUUGGAGUUGGUCUGUAUGGACUAUCUUUCACUGGAGCCUGAUGGAAAAGGAACAAAGAACAUCUUGGUCAUUACCGACCAUUUCACUAAAUAUGCGGUAGCGGUUCCAACAGCAGAUCAAAAGUCAAGAACAGUGGCGAAAGCUCUAUGGAACAACUUUUUCAUUCAUUACGGAUUUCCAGAGCGGUUGCACAGCGACCAAGGUCGCGACUUUGAGUCAGCCCUGAUCAAAGACCUCUGUAUGCUACUUGGCAUUAAAAAAACGAGGACAACACCUUACCACCCACGUGGAAAUCCCGUGGAGCGGUUUAACAGAACACUUCUUGAGAUGCUGGGUACACUUGAAGAGGGAGACAAAGUGAGGUGGAGGGAUUUUGUGCAGCCCCUUGUCCAUGCAUAUAAUUGCACUAAAAAUGAUACUACUGGCUAUUCCCCUUAUCAGCUGAUGUUCGGUCACCAGCCAAGACUCCCAGUCGACAUAGCUUUUGGGCUGAACCCUGAGGGAAGCGGUAAACUAUCCCAUUCUGAAUACGUCAAGAAGCUGACGGAGAGUCUAACUGAAAGCUAUCGACUGGCCACUGAACAUAGUUUGAAGAAUGCUUCACAGAACAAACAGAGGUUUGACAGCAAAGUAAGAGAGUCCACACUAGUAGCAGGAGACUGA